AUGGAGUCACCCGUCGCCGCUUUGAUUCGAAGCGGCAACCUAGGUCAGCGCCAGGAAGAUUCGUUCACGCCUGAUCUACAGCAUUCACGCUACAUGUCGGGUGAAUCUGACAAUGAAUCGGCUUAUCCUACACCUUCGGACCCAACCACCGCCGCUCAACCAGUACCUCACGAGACAUGGCCCAUUAGCAGCAACAGCAAGAUGAUUGACGGCAUUCCGGUCCGCGCCGACGAGGAAGUGCGCAAGAUCCACUACAUUGACUCUUCCGCUGACCAUGCGUUCUUGACCCCAGCCACGAAACUGGAAGCUCCGACGGCAGUGGCUACGACGACCACAAUGCCCUCAUCGUCGGUCGGGAAUGUAGCCGACGUGUCUCAUUUGCAAGUCGCACCCACCAACCAGGCAGCUUCAGCAGCACCAACAGGAGCCUCGCCUAUCUCCUCUGCUACAUUGCCGCCCUGCUCAAGUGCAGCGCAGAACACCGGCACAGCUCAAGGUCUGACGGGGAACGCAGCUGCUGUGUCGUCAAUGCCUGCCACCGAUGCGGCUGUCUGUGCAGCGGACGCUCUGCCCUUGCGACCGGUAAACAUGGCAACCUCUUCUGCUGCGUCCACACCUGCUUCCACACCAGGCGCAACUCCACAAACGUAUGCACGCAAGAGAGGCAGGCCACGCAAGCACCCCCUCCCCGAUCCGAACGCACCACCCAAAUCGAAGCGCAAACUAAGUCCAGUCAGAUCUGCUGCCGCUGCUGCUAAGAAGAAAGCCACGGCGGCUGCCGCCGCUCGCUCUGCCGCCUCGAGUGCUGGAUCGCUCCUCUCUGUCCCCGAUCUCGGUCGUCUCAUCCCACAGGGUUCAACGUCGGACAAUGCACAAAAUUUUAUCCAGAACAAUCUUCGCUUGUUUGCCGAUCUCUUUGUGGCGCUCCAGAAGCAGGCAGCCACCGACAGUCCAGCACGCAACGAAUCCCUCGUCCUUCUCACCGGUGCAACACAGGAAAACAUGCAACACGCUCUCGACGCAGGUCAGAACGAGGUUUCGAAUAGCGAAAGCACCAGAACAUCUGUGAUAGAUGAACGUCCGCCCGAAGACAUGGCGACCUCGGCGCGUGAACCGACAGCUGCUCCAUCUACUCUGUACGCCGAUACUGGCGCCGGUAUGGCGAAUGUGGGAGCAACGUCGUCAACCUCAGCAGCUCCUUCUAACCCUAUCUCGGGACCCAGCGAUGCCAUUCGCGACGAAAUCAAGAAAAAGAUGGCCGACGUUACCAAGGGUCGCGAAGCCAUCCAAGCCGAGAUUCUUCAGAUGCGCGUCGACGCAAGCUUCUUCGAGAAUGCACAAAAGACGGUCGACGAACGCAUCGUUGUGCUCCGAGAUCGAAUUGCUAAGCACACAGCGCUGCUACAACGAGAGCGUGAAGCAACGCGCCAGGCGAGGGAAGCCACUCGCAGAGCCAAAAAGGAUCGUAAGGCAAGGGAGAAGAGUUUGCGCGAUAGCGAGAGGGAGGAGCGUCGGCUUGCUCAGACGUUUGCACAGCUUGAACGAGAGAUCGCUGCCGAAGAAGAGGAGCGGCGGCGACUGGAAGAGGUCGAUUCGAGCGACGAAGAGGAGGACGAGCGGCCCGAGGAGCAACGCGCUUCAGUCUCAGGAAGCCAGUUGCCAGCAACGGAAACAGCUUCGCUCAGUGCGAGUCCCACCGAAGCGACAACUGUCUCUGCCACCGGUACGCCUUCCAUUGGUAAUGAGGCAGCCAUCACACCAGACCGUGCCAUCGGCUUCAGCGACGAAGAGCUCGCCAAAGUGCUGGGUAUCUCGACCAGUGAGCUUGCAGGCUUCAGUCAGACGCUCGAGCUGACUGCUGGUUUGCCAACUUCGCCAACGCGUACACCGCUCAGCAGCAGUGCGGCUCAACCAGACGCGACACCUUCGACAUUUGCAUCCAUGCUUCCAUCCGUCACAGAGGCUUCUGAUUCGAAUGCUGACAGCUUUGACGUCGCCGCGUUUCUCGAGAUCGCUGGCUCGUUUGGCAGUGCCAGUGACGCUAUCACAAGCGAGUUAUCUGCAACGCAACAGCAAGGAUAA